UCUAUCUCUCUGACUGUGUCAGCAUGUCGUUUCACCUGGAUGGCAUGUACACCUUCACCUCCACGUCCACGUCCACGUCCCAGUCCCAGUUGCCAGCAGAGUUUGGGAGUUUGAUAAGCAGCACUGCAAUUUCUGGUCCUCGUCACCAUUUACCACCACCACCACCGCUGCCGCCGCCGCCGCCGCCCGACAUCAUCGUCUCCAGCAUCUCCGGGGAGAAUGCGCUCCAACUUGCCGCGUGGGACAGGCGUAUGAGUGGACCAGCCUGAUGGAAGCUGCUACGGCCGGGGAUAUGCAAGCGCCGGCGGAUAUCCGAACUUCACCACUCCUCGACCACCUUCAUCACCACCCGCCGCCGCCGCCGCCCGCCAGCAAGCCCAAGCAGCGUCGACGUCGGAAUAACAACAGCAACAGCAACAACAACAAUCACGACAACCCGGCGGAGGAUGUCGAGGAUGCUUCCAAGAGACGGUGUGUGAGCACGGCGUGCAUUGCGUGUAGGAAGCGAAAGAGCAAGUGUGAUGGCAACACUCCCGCCUGUGCUGCCUGCGCCCAGGUGUAUGGCACCGAAUGCAUCUAUGAUCCCAAUUCAGACCAUCGACGCAAAGGAGUCUACAAAAACGACCUCGAUAACCUGAAGACGCGAAACUCCACCCUACAAACCCUGAUCGAAGCGAUUCUCAACUACUCCGAGCACGAUGUAGCAGGAUUAGUACGAGAGAUUCGGACGUGUGAGAGCUUGGAUGCAGUGGCAGCGAAGAUUUCUACGGGGAAAGAGCCUGGCGAUCCGGAGGAUGACGAGGACGACGACGAGGCGCCGGCGAAGCGUCGCGCUCCCACCACGCCAUUUGAGUCGCAUUUAUACGGAAAGAUGGGGGACCUGAGACUGGACGAAGGUUCUGUGCGCUAUAUCGGUGGAACGAGCAAUUUGAUACAUUUGGCUCCCGAAGAGGCUCGAAGCGACAACAUGGACGAGUACCUACAGCAGGAGAAUCCCGUACUGUCGUGGACGAACGUGACGAGUGAUCCCGAUUUGAUCCUCCAUCUGGUGAACAUGUACUUCACCUGGCAUUACACCUUCUUCACCACCUUAUCCAAGCAGCUCUUCUUCCGUGACUUCAUGCUGGGAAGACCACCGCCCCAUGCUCCGAGGAAGACGCAAUAUUGCACGCCUCUACUGCUCAACGCCAUCCUGGCUCUGGGCUGUCACUUCACCUCCCACGCUGGAGCGAGGGAGAAUCCGGAAGACUCGGCCACGACUGGGGACCAUUUCUUUCGCGAGGCGAAGCGGUUGAUCAUGGAGAACGAUGAGCAUGAAAAGCCCAACUUGACCACAAUCCAAGCGUUGGCCUUGAUGUCUGUCCGCGAGGCAGGCUGUGGCCGAGAAGGUCGAGGGUGGGUGUACAGCGGCAUGUCCUUUCGAAUGGCAUGUGACAUGGGCCUCAAUCUCGAUGCCAGCCAUCUCACUAACGGCCAUCAUGUGAGUGGUGACGAGAACGAAGAAGAUGUGCGGAGGGUGACCUUUUGGGGCUGCUACCUCUUCGAUAAGUGCUGGUCCAAUUAUCUGGGACGAUUACCCCAGCUUCCCUCCUCGAUGGUGACGACUCCCAAGUUUGAUGUCUUCCCCGACGAGGACUCUGCCCAAUGGAGUCCGUAUACGGAUUCCGGCUUCACACAAGCCCAUCCUCAGCCGUCACGGACGAGAGCGGUGGCACUGCAGAUUGCGAAACUGUGUGAGAUUAGUAACGAUUUGAUGGAGUAUUUCUACAACCCCAUGGACAUGGACAAGGCCAAGGGCAAGGCCGCCGAGUUGAAAAAGCUAUCUGAGAUUCAUACACGUCUCGAGGGAUGGCGACGCGAAUUACCCAAGGAAUUGGAACCGAAAGAAGGCCUGCUUUCGAGUGUGCUGGUCAUGCAUAUGUUCUUCCAACUGCUCUUCAUCCACUUGUUCCGACCAUUCUUGAAAUACACGCAGGCAACUUCACCGCUACCAGCGAACGUGAGCCCCCGCAAGCUGUGCACCCAAGCGGCAGCCAUGAUCAGCAAACUCAUGCGCCUUUACAAGAGAUCAUAUGGUCUUCGCCAGAUCUGCAACAUUGCCGUAUACAUUGCCCAUUCUGCUUGCACGAUCCAUCUCCUCAACUUACCGGACAAGAAUGCCAAACGAGAUAUCGUCCACGGAGUCAAGCAUCUAGAAGAGAUCGCCGAGGGCUGGCUGGGUGCCCGACGAUCGCUUGCCAUCAUCAAUAUAUUGGCACGCAAAUGGAAGGUCGAGCUGCCGGAAGAAGCCACCGUCGUUCUGACCAGAACAGACGCCAAGUUUGGCACCGUGGUGGGUGAAGUUCAUUCCCCGUCGAGUCAAGGGGGUCAUGAAAGACGAAUGUCAGACGUGUCGAUGGCGCCCAGUGCGCAGGCAAUGCCAGCUCAGGCAUGGCAGUCUCAAGGCCCGGCAGUGGGUGAGUCCAAGCCUCGCGGAGUGACGGGGACAUCGGUCGCGACCGCCUCAGUACCACGAACUGCGAGCAUCAGUUUCCAGCCUCCUCCACAGGAUGCACAUGGUUUGCAGCCUUACCAGUAUGGCUCUGCUGUCAACACUCCUAAGCAAAAACCCGUUCGAAACUGGGCUUCCGCUUCAAGCGCCGGACGAAACAGUACCAGCAGCCCCAAUGACAUGUUCGGCGGUGUCGAGCAGCUGAUUCGAGACAGUCAGGACUGGGCAUACCGCGAUCAAGCACAGCUAGGAGCGGGCUUUGAGAACUGGAAUCAGAUUGACACGGAUCCAUCGACGUGGACGCAAACUCAACACCCCCCAGCGGCGGCAAUGAAUGCGGUUGGAAUGCAGCAGCUGCCCGCUGCUCACACUCAGGCGUCGUCUCUACUGCAGCAGCCACCAGCCAAUGGAAUCUAUGACCCUUUUGGCACAAGCCCCGGCACGCAGGCCACUGGUGCAGGUACAGCUUCCUCUGCUCCCCUUCCGAUGGGGAAUGAUAUGGAUAUGUCGAGUUGGCUGAGCUCGAUGAAUGUCUUCAAUAACAUGGCGGGUGCUUAUGAUGAGAACGAAUGGUAUCAAUAAUGAUAUUGCCCAAACAGAGACGGGUUUUGUGUGUCUUGGACGGGUGCAUGAUGAGCGUAUCACUAGCAUUUGCUGCUCCAGUCUUUCUUUCGCUUUGAUGAAAUCUACCCUACUAUCUAUUUGAUGAUUAAUUGAACGAUUGAUAGAGGUACGAUGAUGACGAUGAUGACAACGAUGAUGAGAGAUGAAGAGAGAGAGAGAGAGAGAAAGAGUAGGUAGAGAUAGAUGAGAUUACGUAUACCUCUCUACCUUUUCCUUCC